AUGGCUCCUGUGGAACAAGAUGUGGAAAUGAAGAGUGUAGACAGCCCAGCAGCCGCAGGUUCCGACGAAACUAGUGAUACUAAAAAAGAUGUCGAUGUUCUCGCUGUUCAGGAUUUAAGAGAACAUGUUCGACAAAUUGACAAAGCUGUUUCAUCUAAGGAGCCCCGAUUUGCUAUGCGAGUCUUAAGAUCUCUUCCCAGUACCAGAAGGAAGCUUAAUGGUAAUGUUCUUCGUGCGAUUAUAAACCAACUUUAUCCUGCUGGCAAUGAGAAAGAGGCUUUAAUGUCCUUUGUCGAAAAUCCCUUACCCACUGCAAUGGAAAUUGAAACGCCUCGCUCUAGAAGUGCACCAAAACAACCAGUGCCAGAGGUCGAUGUUUAUAUUCACUUGCUUGUGUUACUACGCUUACUGGAUACCAAAAAAUUAGAAGAAGCCGUAGAAUGCUCCCAGCAACUUAUGAAUAAAAUUGUCGUCCAGAAUCGCAGAACUUUAGAUUUGAUUGCUGCUAAAUGCUAUUUUUACCAUUCCAUGGUGUUUGAACUGAACAACAAAUUGGACUUUAUUAGAGGAUUGUUACAUGCAAGGCUUCGCACAUCUACCUUGAGAAGUGACUAUGAGGGCCAGGCAGUGUUAAUUAACUGUCUGUUAAGAAAUUACUUGCAUUACUCCUUGUAUGAGCAAGCAGAUAAAUUAGUGAGUAAAUCAGUUUUUCCAGAAAAUGCAAGUAAUAAUGAAUGGGCAAGAUUUUUGUAUUAUCUUGGCAGAAUUAAAGCUGCAAGACUUGAAUAUAGUGAUGCUCAUAAACAUUUAGUUCAAGCAUUACGUAAAGCUCCACAAACUGCAGCUGUAGGGUUCCGUCAGACUGUUCAGAAGUUAGCAAUUGUUGUUGAACUAUUGUUGGGAGAUAUUCCAGAACGUGCUAUUUUCCGUCAAGCCCCACUGAGGAAAUCAUUAGCACCAUAUUUCCAACUUACCCAGGCAGUAAGACUGGGAAAUUUGCAACGAUUUGGAGAGGUCCUAGAAAAUUAUGGGCCACAAUUUCGUAAUGACCACACUUUCACACUAAUCCUCCGUUUACGUCAAAAUGUUAUUAAGACAGCCAUCCGUUCAAUUGGACUCUCAUAUUCCCGGAUAUCUCCAAAGGAUAUUGCUCGCAAACUUGGCUUAGACUCUGCCGAAGAUGCUGAGUUUAUUGUAGCUAAAGCUAUUCGUGACGGAGUUAUUGAAGCUACACUUGACCCAGAAAAGGGGUACAUGAGUAACAAAGAGAGUUCUGAUAUAUAUUGUACCAGAGAACCGCAGUUGGCCUUCCACCAGCGUAUUUAUUUCUGUCUCGAAUUACACAAUCAGAGUGUUAAAGCAAUGAGAUAUCCUCCAAAAUCCUAUGGAAAAGAGUUAGAGAGUGCCGAGGAAAGACGGGAACGAGAACAACAGGACCUGGAACUGGCCAAGGAAAUGGCUGAAGAAGAUGAUGAUGGUUUUCCUUAA